AUGGGCGUGGGCGUGGGCGUGGGCGUGUUCUGGGACCUGAGCUCGAAGCCCCCCACCACCACCCUCCCCCUCCGCGACGUCGCCGUGCGCCUCCACCUCGCCGCCUCCUCCUUCGGCCCCCUCCGUCUCUCCCUCGCCUUCGCAUCCCCUCGCUCCCUCCUCCCCUCCCCUUCCCCAUCCCCAUCCCCAUCCCCAGCUUCUUCCCCCUCCCCAUGCCGCGUCUGCGGCCGCAACUUCUUCGUCGGCGCCAAGCUCCUCCGCCACUUCGCCGAGAUCCACGCGCCCGAGCACGCCAAGCGCCUCCGCCGCCUCGCCUCCGCCCGCGGCGCCCGCCGCGUCCGCCUCGCCGCCGCGCUCGCCCCCAAGCUCGCCAGGUUCGAGAAGGCCGCGCGCGACCUCCGCGCCGCCCCGCGCGGCCCCGCCGACGAGCUCCGCCGCGCCGGGGUCACGGUCCGCGCCGUCGAGGGCGCGCCCCGCCGGGCGAUCCGCGACCGCGCGGUCGGGGCCAUGGACGAGGGGAUCCUCGCGUGCGUGGUGCUGGUCUCCGACGAUUCGGGGCUUGCGGAGGUGCUCGGAGAGGCUCGGAGGCGGCGGCUGAGGACGGUGGUGGUAGGCUUCCGGUGGGCGGAGGUGGUCUCCGGCAAGGCUAGGGCGGCGGCGCCGGCGAUGGUGGGGCGGUGGAGGGAUCGGGAGAUGCUGAAGAGGUUGGAGUGGAGCUUCAACGAGGACGAGGACGAGGACGAGGACGAGAUCGAAAGCGAGGGUUUUGAGUGGGAUAGCGAGGAGGAGGAGGAGGAAGAAGAAGAGGGUGGGAGAGAGAAUGGUCGAGCGCCAUGGUGGGAGCUCGAUUAG